AGGAAGCGCGCGCGAGGGGUAAAACGUGACUCUCACUUCACACACCGUUCGUUCGUUCGUUCGUCUGGCGGCUCUGGCUCGUCGCGUCGUCCGAUUCUAUCCGCGUUCACUCUCUCACGGUCAGUCAGUCGAUCGGAGGGAGCGUGCUGGAAUAGUCGUGUUGCGGUUGCUGGAAAACGUUUUGCCUGAGAAGUUUGGGCGCUGUUCUAGUGUGAGAAGUUGUGUUUUCCGGGAGUUAGGGAGUGUGCGUGCGUGACAGCAGAAGCGUGUGGGAAGAAGGGGAGCCGCGGAGAACUGGACAUGCAAGAACCGCAGAGCCGUCGGAGCAGCGGAUGAAGAACGGCAAAGAAUUGCAAAGACUGUGAACUGUGUGUGCUUGAUUGUUUCCGCGGUGUGUCAUCGAACCAUCGCUGCGCGGUGGUGAACGGUUCGUGACUUGGACUGGACGGACGGGCGAGAACAAGGAAGAUGAUUCGACGUGAUCAGCCAACGCAGUCGUCCGCAUCUUCGACCACCUUGAUGGAUGACGGAGCAGCAGCAGCCGGAGGAGGAGCGGUCGCGGCAGUACGUGACUUUCGGAGCAAAAGCAUAGACGGAGGAGGUACGACGACGACGGUGCGACGUGACAGCAAGGAUAGGGGCAGUCGAGGCAGCACCAUCCAGUCACCGUCCGCGAUGGUCUACAUGCCGGUCGGAGUCAAUCAAAUCAAGGAGGAAGCCAGCGAUCCGGAUAUACACCCCGAUUCGGAAGUCUCCCUCGAUGCCAACAGCACUCUUGCCCAGGUCCUGGAGGACUUCUCCAACGACGAAGCCCCCCACGAACCGGAAAUCGAAAUCAAAACCCACUCGCGUGGUUUGGAGGAACCCACAUUCCGGAAGCAUCACUUCAGCGCAUCACAGAAAGUUCUCCAGCUGCAACAGAUGGGCAAUCUGGCCUACCAACUGUCCGACCAGCUGUUCAAACCCACCCCCAUGAACAUCCUCACCAAGGACAUGUUGGAGCAGAAGAUUACCGAAAAGGAUCCGGACCUCGUUUACCGGAAACAUCACAACAACAAUAGCACCUGGGCCCGCUACAUGCCAAUGUACUACAAAGGAGUCAAACAGAACUACGUUCGCUGUCUCGAGUGCGGCUGGUUAGUUCUGCACAAAGCCAGCACCGGUACCGGAUCCCUUCUCCGGCACAAAUGCAAAAUCAAACUUCCGUCCGGCGUUGAAGUCAAGAUCGAACAGCAGACACCGUCCACCAGGAAUCUCCCGUCGAAGGCCAGCGCUGCCGUCGGAUCUACCUCAUCGCAUGCUGUGAAAUUCCAAACGACCGUCAUGCCCACGAACGUGGUAGACGAUCUGGUUCGACAACAGGCCUGCUUCCUGUACAAAGAUCUCAGCAGCGUGGACCUCUUCGACAGCCACAGCUUUCGAACCUUUGCUCAAAUGCUGGUCAACAUAGGGGUGUACUACGGCCAGCAGGACAUUGCCUUUCUGGCCGAUCGCACGAGACUGAUGGACCAAGUCCUACCCACGAUCUACCAGCAAGCACGCAUCCAGCUGAACCAAGCUCUCGUGGACUGUGAUCUCAGCUAUAGCUUCAACCUGUUCCGAAGCGAAGCCGAAGGUAAAACCUUCGCCACCAUCAACUCCUACACCGUCGCGGAAGACUACUACUUCCGCAAAAUCAACGUUAAGACUGUGCCUGUGGAAGACUUGGAGUCCUUCGUAGAAGGACUUCCCUCGAUCAUCGUCGACAUGAUCGAAAAAGAACACAACGAACCUCUGAAGCUGGUCUACGGUACCAAGCUGGACGUCCGAAGCGACGACUUCGAACUGAUACCGUGCGUAGUGACGGCCCUUUGGGGCGUCAUGAAGAACAUCAUGGACAUGUUCAAGUUCGAUAGCGAACAGUACGUCGACAAGAUCCUCUUCUCGGACGAAGACGAUGAGGAAGACGCCAUGAGGAAGAUCCUAGCCCCGUUCAAAGAACCGAUCCGAAGUCUCGUCUCGGAAGGCAACGUCACAAUCAGCGAGGUGGUGCUCUGGAAGAAGAAACUGGAGCGACACUUCCGAGUGGAGGAAACCGACGACGAGAACCUGAAGACCAUCAAAGAAGCAUUCCAGAUGCAGAUCAAGCAAAGCUUGAAGCUGCACGACUACCACAAAAUAGCGGUCUUCCUGGAUCCCAAGUUCAAGGGGUUGCGCUUCCUGUCGGAAGACGAACGAAGUGAAACCUUGGCGAUCGUCAAAGCUCAACUGCGCCGCGAUCAGGACGGGAUCGAGCAGCUGAAAAAGCUCUAUUCCAGCGGAAAGAAGAAUAACGUCGAGAUCGGCAAGGAGACCAAAUUCUACGAAUUCAUGGACGUCUCCCUGGAAGUCGAAUCGGCCGAUGUGGUCGACGACGAAAUCCGGCAGUACGUGGACGUCAAGCUGGAGGCACCCAUUGAUGUGCUAUCGUACUGGCGCAACGAAAAUGCAUUCCCCCUGCUGAAGAAACUCUGCCAGCGGGUACUGAACAUUCCGGCGGCCUGUGAUGAUAUGAAGCUGCGUUUUGCGGGCGGCGGGCAGCGCGAUUUCCUCAAGAAGCGAGCCGUACUGCGCGAGGAGGAAAUCGACAUGAUGCUCUACCUGAACCAGAACGGGCCGUGAUUAUCGCUGUAUUCUCUGAUUACAAUAAAAGACUUGAUUAGUGUUAUUUAUAUGAAGAUUA